CGUGACAUUGACAAAUGUGAGCAAGAAAACUUCAAUGCAGAAGCAAUCAGCUGAUUGAGAAGCAGCUAUAAAUUUGCAAAUUCAGAUUAACAUUGAAGCAUUUAACUUAGUUCAACUGUAUUUGCUGUAUGUGUUUUUGUUGACAGUAGUGCAUCUGAACAAGACUGUUAUCCAUAAACUUUCGACUUAUCGCAAAGAGGGAUUCAUUGAGCGAUGUAAAGAGCAUAUAAGUUUAAUCUAUUUAUAAAAAAAAUUAUGUCGCGACGACACGGACCUAGAGGAAAGUCACAUUUCUUCACACGACAUAGUAGAGAAGAACAACAAAGUCAAUCAUCUGAAUCUGGACAUGGAGGUGCUUAUUCACGAAGACCUCCUGGACUUAAGGGCAAAGAAAUAGGAUUGUAUUACAGAAAAAAUAGAGAGAAAGCACAAAGGAAAAAUACACAGGUUCUCAAAUUAUUGCCUCAAGUGGAGCACAGAAUAAAAAGCAUUUUGAAUGAUUCAAAGAUCUUUUACAAUGUACUACCCGAUAAAAGAUCUAGUUUUGAACAUAGCAACAAUUAUGAUUAUAUUUCUGAUUCUCAAUUUAAAAGAAAAUUUUUAGAAAUUAUACAUGGUGAUAUAGAACAUAAUCUUGCCAAAGCUAUGAUUAUGGAAUCAAAAUUGCAAAAAAACAGCGAGAUGGACAGAACAUUAUUAAAUGAAUAUAAAGAAAAACAAACUCAACAUGAUUAUUUAAAUAUGUUAAAAUUUCGGAUGAAGUUACCCACAUAUCAUAAAAAAUUAGAGAUAUUAAAACUUAUAGAAGAUAACCAAGUUAUUGUUAUCAGCGGAGAAACUGGUUGUGGCAAAACCACACAAGUUGCACAAUUUAUACUAGAUGAUCAGUUGGAAGCUGGAAAUGGUAGCAUUACGCAAAUAAUUUGCACGCAACCUCGAAGAAUUUCUGCCAUUUCUGUUGCCGAACGUGUAGCUGCAGAAAGAGCAGAAAGACUUGGAAAAUCCGUUGGCUAUCAAAUACGGCUUGAAAAGAUUCCAUCACGAGAGCAAGGAAGCAUACUGUUUUGUACUACUGGUAUAUUAUUACAAAUUAUGAAAACUGAUCCAGCGCUAAAAAGUUUUUCCCAUGUAAUAUUAGAUGAAAUUCAUGAACGCACGAUAGAAAGUGAUUUCAUCAUUACAUUAUUAAAACAAAUUCUUCCGAAAAGACCAGAUUUAAAAGUCAUCUUAAUGAGUGCAACAUUAAAUUCUGAAAGUUUUUCAAAAUAUUAUGACAAAUGUCCAAUGAUACAUAUACCAGGAAUCACCUAUCCAGUACAAGAAUUUUAUUUAGAAGAUAUUUUAUCAUUUACAGGAUUUAAAUUUCCUGAGCCACCACCCGAGCCCACUGGUUACAGAAAACAUUUAAAAAGAUACAAAGAACAACAACAUAAACAUGAAACGUUUUUAGAUUUUAUACUACCGUAUGUUAGACAACUUAGAACUGAGAUGAAAUACGCAAAACACGUUAUUGAUCAAUUACGCAAUCCGAAUAGUGAAAAUCUUUCAUUGGAACUCAUAGAAAAAUUAGUUAGAUAUAUAUGUAAUACAAAAGGUCCAGGAGCUAUUCUUAUUUUUCUACCUGGUAUAAUGGAUAUAUCAAAACUAAAUAGAAUGUUGUUAGAAUCUGGAUGUUACCCAAGCUAUAAAUACAUCAUUUAUCCUCUUCAUUCACGCAUGCCUACAGUUGAUCAGAAACUUAUAUUUAAAGAACCACCUCAUGGAGUUCGUAAAAUCAUUAUUGCUACUUCAAUUGCUGAGACGUCAAUAACUAUAGAAGAUGUAGUAUAUGUAAUAAACUGUGGAAAAACAAAACUUACAAGAUUCGACGUAAAUAAAAAUCUUCAGACCUUAGAACCUGAAUGGGUAUCUUUAGCGAAUGCUAAACAAAGACGCGGUCGAGCCGGCAGAGUUAAGAGUGGAGAAUGUUAUCAUUUAUAUUCAAAAGCUCGAGAAAUGACGUUUGAUCAGUAUCAAUUGCCAGAAAUAUUAAGAACACGCUUGGAACAGAUAAUUUUGCAAAUAAAAAUUUUGCAAUUAGGAAAAGUAAAAAAGUUCCUAGUUAAUAUUAUGGAUCCGCCAGAUAUGAAAACCAUUGAUCUGUCUCUCGAUUUACUUCGAACACUUAACGCUCUCGACAAAGAUGAACAUUUGACUCCUUUAGGUUAUCAUUUAGCACAUUUACCGCUUGAUCCUAGAACAGGCAAAAUGAUUCUUUGGGCUUCACUGUUCUCUUGUGCCGAGCCAGUAUUUGCUAUUGCAGCUAGUCUCACAUUUAAAGAUGCUUUCUAUUGUCCAUUGGGGAAAGAGGAAGAAGCUAAUAGAAAGAAAUUAGAACUCGGUAUGGGACAGUAUAGUGAUCAUAUUGUUCUUGCGGAAGCUUUACGAAGAUUUGAAAAUGCACAUCGAAGAGGAAACGCUGGCCAAUUUUGUCGAGAGUAUUUCCUGUCUUUUAAUACACUGAAGCUUCUCUCUGAAAUGAAGACUCAAUUUGCACAAUAUUUAUGCGAAAUGAAAUUUCUGGACAGCGAAAAUCCGAGUGAUAGAAAUGCUAACAGAAAUUCGAAUAAUAUAGCGUUAAUAAAAGCUAUUGUCUGUGCGGGAUUAUAUCCUAACAUUGCUGUUGUAAGACGAUCUACUAAACAAGGAGUGAUUUGUUGGACGCCGGAAGAUGGUUGUGUACGUACACAUCCGUCGAGUAUAAAUAACAAAGUUGAAAAAUUUCCCAACCGAUAUUUGACAUAUUUCACAAAACAACGUUCGACCGCCAUAUACUUACACGAUACUACAUGUAUAAGUGUACCAAUUUUGUUAUUUGCUGGACCGACUAUAUCUACAAGAAGAGAAAAAGGGAAAUGUGUAAUUAAUAAUAUCAACUUCUCUGAAAAUAUUAUUUGUGAACCAGAAACUGUAGAAGUGAUACAGGAACUCCAAUAUGCUCUGAAUACUUUAUUGGAAUAUAAGAUUACACAUCCGGCAACAGUAUCUUGGUCAACAUUUGAAGGCAACUUAUUAAACGCAAUCAUUGAAUUAGUAUCACAAAAAGAUGAAGAAAUGGGUUUUAAUGAUGUUAUUGGCAAUGAAGAUAACAAUAUUGAUGAAGAGUUUACUGAUGAUAAUUUCGAUUGAUAUUUAUUGUAUUCAUUAAUUUAUUAUGAAUGUCAAUAAGUAUGCAGUUGCUUCAAUAUUGUCCAGAAAUAUACAUCGUUAAAAAAUUUA